UCAAGAAAUGCUACAUAUAAGGCUUGAGCUGCCUAUGAUUUCUAAGUUUCUAGGUAGUCUGCUUUAGUACAAGUUGUGAUUUCUAGGUAUAAGUUUGUACCUAGAGUACUGAGCUGGUCGUCUAAGAGAAAAUUAGAGGAACUGGAUUGCUGUGAUUGAUAACAACCUAACAACUACUGAACUUUCAACAAAUCCGAAAAUCGUCAUUUACACUAAUUUACAGUCUUCAUUUCGACAUUUGUUUUGACUGGAAUGGAGAACCACAGAGAAUCUCGCAAACGCCUCAGACCUUGGCUAGAGAGAAUGAUCAACAUGGGAAAAUGUCCCGGACUAAUGUGGGAAAAUAGAGACGAGCGAACAUUCAGGAUCCCGUGGAGACAUUUCAACAACAAAGAAUGGGUGGAAGAAGAUUCCAAAAUUUUUAGAGAGUGGGCCAAAUACACAGGAAAAUACCAAGAUGGAGACAAAGCAGAAUACCCUGUCUGGAAAACUCGUCUUCGAUGUGCCCUGAAGAAAAUACCUGAAAUUAAAGAAAUUCCAGAGCUCCAUAGAACAGAGGAUGUAAACCCUUAUAGGGUGUACAAGUUUGUUGAUAUACCAGUGAUGAAAAAAGCCUUGGACCAUGAUACAGAUUCCAACAGCGGCUUUUCACACUUUGGUAGCUCCCCAAAUGGCAGAGACUACUUUGAAGAGUCUCAGUCAUCACCUCCGGCUAAUUUUCUCAAUGAAAAAGCUGCAGCCCAACAGUCUGCUAAUGUGCCUACAGUUGUGUAUGAUGAAGAGCCUCGGUAUGACCCAAGCUUCAAAAUGAUUGAAAAAAAAGAAGAGCAUUUCCUCCAUCAAUAUCCAAACUAUCAUCAAGUGUAUGGUAACUCUACAGACCAGGGUUUACGAAUGGAGUACCAAAACUUUCAUGUGAAGCCGCAGAUGAUUAGCACCAUGGUGGAGCCAGCGACGAAUUUUCCAAAUGUGCACUCAGCCGCGGCUUUGAGGCCAGAAAUCUUAUCCCAUCAGGUGAAUACACAGGCGCCACCUGAGCAUGUGCAGACAGAUGUCAAUGAAAACAUGACCAGCUUUCCCUCAGACUUAAUGUCUGUUGAAAGCACAGAUCUGUGCCAGCUAGCCAAUAUGGAGCUGCCGCCAUCCAUCUGUAGCAACCAGAGUUUUGGUCCAAGUUUUGGGGGCUCAGCGUCAAGCCUCAAUACUGAAAUUACCUCAGGUUACGCUCCAGCAAUGCAGUUGACCGUUGUUUACGAGUCACCAAACAUCGAAGUAAUGAGGCAAAAUGUAAUGGCAAAUGGAUGUCGGGUUUUUUCAGGAUCUGUAGAUAUAAAUACCAAUUUAAAUGACAAAGCUUUAGAAGAAACAUUGUUCGGGCCUAAGGAAGCUACGCAGCUGAAACUGCCGAAUGUUGAUGAGUUCAAUGUAAAGCCUGAACAUAAACAGAACAUCCAGGAUCUCCUUGAUAAAAUGGAAAGAGGUAUAGUUUUAACAUACAAGGAGGGGGAUAUUUAUGUGCAGCGCCUCUGUAGGACAAGAGUCUUCCUCACCGAUGGUGUGUCAGAGAGUGCUCUUCUAGAGCGGAAGAAUCACGCCCCUACUAAAGCUUUUGAUCUGAGUAAAUUCCACAAUGCUUUACAGCAGCAUGUAAGUGGUGCUAAAAAGGAGCUCCCGAAACCUUUCUUCACCCUCACCAUCGGGCAAGAAAUUAAGAAGUCCCACUACCAGCCGCUAAGUCGGAUUCUGAUUCACAUUGUCGUGCAGCACAGUUACGCUGCCAGACUUCUCUCCAACCUAAACAAUGCUUCGCUGACAUCUGGCCAAUAUUUUUCAUCUGAUGACAACUACGACCAGAUUGUUGACCAAGUUAAAAAGGUUAGCUUGACCUAGACUCCUAAUUUUCUAUGUACAUUUCAACAUUUAUAAUAAUAUAUUUUUACAAAUAUUUUACACUAUUUAAAAUAGACUACCAUUUAUUUUUUUAUAGCUUGAAUGAGUUCACAAUAGUAAAUAUUGAUGAUUAUGUCAUUGUAUUGUGUGAAAGACGGUAUUAAUGUUAUGCAAGUACUAGUAAAAGAACAUUUUCAAAUUUGAAUGUACUUUGUACUCUAUCCUACGUUAUGAACACUUGAAGUUGAUUUGAAAUGAGAUUACUGUUGUUUAAAAUCUAUGACUGUAAUUUUAAAAUUUAACUUAAAAAAAAUAGAUCUUUGAAUAGUAUAAAGUUUACCUACUUACGAUAUGUAUAUACCCUUUUAACCCAAAUAAUCCUUGGUGCAGAUAAAGUAGAGUUUAUGUUUCUUUAAGUUUGGCCUAUGAAGGAAUAGUGGUCAGCAUUAUGCCCAACCACCUUUACUCUUCAAAUAUACUUCCAAACUUAGAGAACUUCAUGAAGUUCUACCAACUCAAGCUAAUGGACUGAACUCCACACUUGGGUUUAUUAAUACUGAGCUCUAGCUCAGUCACUCCUCUCCCUUAUUUCACUAUUAAUUUUAUGCUGAUUUUAUUUUAACCCUUUAUGUUUUUCAUGUUGUUGAUACCGUGUGAUAUCAUAUGACUUUGUUAUAAUAACUUUAUCAUGUUACUGUUGUAAUUCUGUUUUUAUACAUGUAAUCUUUUAAAACAUUUAAAUUGUUACAUUGAAUGUUAACCACGCUUUCAUAAAAAAAAAAUAACCGAGUGCACUUUGAUUCUUCUUCUUCCUUUUCUUCUAUAUAAGAUUUUUUUUGUUUAAUUAAAAUAAGUUUUAAAAAAUGAGUAAUGAUUAUUUUACACACUUGAAUUUUUAAAAUUUGGCAAGUUUUUAUUUUUAUCUUUUUAAUAUCACCUUAAAGCAAAAACGUUCCUGCUUACAAUAUCUAUUAUUUUGAUAAAAUAUAUAUUAUAAUGUCGUUGUUGUAUAGGCCUACUUUUGUUACUAUUAUUUAAGAUGUACAUAUUGAUUAUUUACAAAAUAAAAAUUCUGCAGCUUCACUGAGUUUUGAUUUAAAGUUAGAUAACAGUUGAAUAGCUCUGGAACUUGUGAGUGGGGAAUCUAUAUUUAGAGUUUUCUGCAGACUUCUUCUUCGUUCUUCAUUUUUAAUGUUGGAAGGGAUUCCCUCCAACACAAGUAUUACAUGACAACUUGUUAUGUACCAUAUAGACCAUUGACUCUGAUUUCAGCCUUUUUAAAAAAAAUUUCUUCCAUACACUUUGUCCAACCAAGAACAGACUACAAGGCAGAAGUUGUUUGAUUUUGGAGUUGUCUCUCCUUGAAGAGUUGCUGUUUCCAGCUAUUAAGUGUAAUCCGCCCGGGGUUCAAACUCAGUUU